CUAUAAAAAAGCCAAUUGUCAUCGAAUUGCCAUCAGUUGCAGUUAAACACUCCAACAGUUCAGAAAAAUGAAAUACUUUGUGGUUUUCGCCUCUUUGUUCCUAGCCACCAAUGCUUUGAGCCAGGAUUUCAUCGACAAGUUUGUAGCUAAAGUAAAAUCGAUUGGUGAAACCUGUGUUCCCGAAACCAACGCCAGUAAAGAUGAUAUCAGCAGUUUGUUGGCCCACAAAAUGCCAGACAGUCAUGAAGGCAAAUGCUUGAUUUUUUGCUUCCACAAACAAUUCCAAAUUCAAAACGACGAUGGUUCGAUCAAUAGAGAAGGUGCCAUUAAAGCUCUGGAGCCGUUAAAAGCCGACGAUGCAGAAUUAUACGAAAAAGUGAUCUCGAUUUUCAAAAAAUGCGAAUCUACUCCUGUUGACGGGGAUUCCUGUCUUUAUGCCGCUAGUUUGGCCGAAUGCGCUGUCAAAGAAGGAAGAGCUAUGGGACUCGACAAUUUGAUCGUCCUCGAAAUUGAAUAAAUUUAUUGUGAAAAUGUGAUCGGUUAGGUGUUAGGUUAAUAAAGCAUUGCAUAAUUACAAA